CUUUUUUCUCGACAUCUUAUCGAAUCAAUCACAUCAUCAUCAUCACAUCGACCAUGGACAUGCAGGAUGAAGAAGUCAACCCUCAGGUGAACCUGGCGCUCGACCUGAUGCGUCGCCUGCCUCCUCAAAAUGCAGAGGAGAACCUGGCCUCGCUUGUCACGCUCCUUCCUGACUUGACUGAAGACUUGCUUAACACCGUUGACCAACCGCUGAAGGUCCAGACCUGUGCGAAGACAGGCAAAGAAUACCUCUUGUGCGAAUACAACCGCGACGGUAACUCUUACAGAUCACCAUGGUCGAACGAGUUCUCCCCGCCUUUGGCUGAAGCAACGUAUCCCUCAUCAAAGCUUCGCAGACUGGAGCAGGCAGCCAACGACGCCUUUGAUACCUACAGGGAACUGUACUUUGAAGGGGGUGUCUCGUCAGUAUACUUUUGGGACUUGGAUCCUGGAUUUGCUGGAGUCGUCCUGAUCAAGAAAGUCGGCGAUGGUAACCGCAGAAUGAAGGGCGCGUGGGACUCAAUUCACGUCUUUGAUGUUCAAGAGAAGGGUCGCAACGCACACUACCAACUGACAUCGACCGUGAUGUUGUACAUGGUUACAAACAAGCCGGAACUCGGCCAUAUGAAUCUGAGUGGGAGUAUGACGCGCCAGGCCGAGCAAGACAGUCUGGUUGAUGACCCUUCGAUGCACAUCGCCAACAUUGGACGCAUGGUUGAGGAAAUGGAGAUCAAGAUGCGACACUUGCUGAAGGACGUUUAUUUCGGAAAGACGAAGGAUACCGUCAAUGACCUGCGUUCGAGUGAGUCGCUGGCGAAGAUCAAGAGACAACAAGAAAUGCAGAGGGAGAUUGCGUCCAAACUUCAAGAGAGACAGCCAAAGACUCAACAGUGAAUGUGUUGACUAUAAAGAGGCGACUCUUUAAGUGAGCAAAGCACCCAAUAAAAAAAUUAAAUGUUUAUCUUUAA